AUGGCCUCGUGGACUUCAAGGCAAAACAAGAAGUUCGAAGAGGCUUUGGCGUUAUAUGACAGAGACACACCUGAUCGUUGGCAUAACAUUGCAAGGUGUGUAGGUGGAAAAUCAGCUGCAGAAGUGAAGAGGCAUUAUGCAGUGCUUGUGAAGGAUAUCAUGCAAAUAGAAAAUGGUCAAGUACCUUUACCAAAUUACAAAGCCGCGGCUGAAACCAAUAGCAGAUCAGGUUAUGCCAAUGAACAUAGGCUUCUGAAGAACCUGAAGUUACAGUGAGAACAAAUUUCGCGGCCAUGCUGAAUAACAUCACAAAUUCUCUGCUUUAUUGCAAAUGCAAAAGGCAUAAAUUGUGAAUUCAUGUCUAAGUUUUU